CCUGAUGCCUGGGAAACAGGUGCAUCUCUGGAGCGUGGUGGGAGUCUAUUUCAGUGAGCUGGGAAGGGAAUGGGCCUGGCGCCCUCGGGCGUGAGGGUGGUGGCUACCACGUGACCCUCUGACAUGCUGUCCAGAUCCACGCCGGCCACAGAGCCUCUCCCACUCAUCCAGCUGCUGUCCGCAGCCCCACAGUGCCCACGUUUCACGAGGAGGCCGUGCUCCAUGGGGGUACCCGGAGGGGAGACAGUGUCGGAGCCCCAGGCUGGUCACAGCCCCCUGGAGAAGCCGCCCAGCACGGCGAUCCUGUGUGACACCUGUGGGAACGUGUGCAAGGGGGAGGUGCUGAGGGUCCAGAACAAGUAUUUCCACAUCAAGUGCUUCAUCUGCAAAGCAUGCGGCUGUGACCUGGCCGAGGGCGGCUUCUUCGUGCGGCAGGGUGAGUACAUCUGCACGUUGGAUUACCAGCGGCUGUACGGGACCCGCUGCUUCAGCUGCGACCAGUUCAUUGAGGGUGAGGUGGUGUCAGCCCUGGGCAAGACCUACCACCCCAACUGCUUCGUGUGUGCCUCCUGCCGGGUGCCGUUUCCGCCUGGGGACCGAGUGACCUUCAACGGGAAGGAAUGCAUGUGCCAGAAGUGCUCCCUGCCCAAGUCCGUGGGUGGCAGCGCAUGCCUGACCCAGGGCCUCUGGAGUUGUGCGGGCUGCGGCACAGAAAUCAAACAUGGCCAGUCCCUGCUGGCUUUGGACAAACACUGGCAUUUGGGCUGUUUUAAGUGUAAGGCGUGCGGGAAGCAGCUGACUGCGGAGUACAUCAGCAGGAACGGGCUGCCCUACUGUGAGACCGACUACCACACCCAGUUUGGCAUCCGCUGUGACGCCUGUGAGAAGUACAUCACAGGGCACGUGCUGGAGGCGGGCGAGAAGCACUACCACCCUCUGUGUGCCCUGUGUGUGCGAUGCGGCCGCAUGUUUGCGGAAGGCGAGGAAAUGUAUCUUCAAGGUUCCUCCACCUGGCACCCGGCAUGUCGACAAGCAGCCAGAACUGAAGACAAAAACCAGGAGACCAGGACCUCCUCCGAAAGCAUCAUUUCUGUCCCUGCUUCAAGCACCUCAGGGUCUCCGAGCCGCGUGAUUUAUGCGAAGCUGGGCGAUGAGGUCCUCGACUACAGAGACUUGGCUGCCCUUCCUAAAAGCAAGGCCAUCUAUAACAUCGACCGCCCCGACAUGAUCUCCUACUCGCCCUACGUCAGCCACUCGGCGGCAGACAGGCAGAGCUGCAGCGAGUCCCCUCGGUUGUUCUCGCCAACGCCGACUGAGGGGGACCAGGAUGACCGCUCCUGCAAGCAGUGCCGGACCUCCAGCCCCAGCUCCACCGGGUCGGUCAGCCUCGGCCGGUACACCCCGACCUCACGGUCGCCGCAGCACUACAGCCGUCCAGCUGGUACUGUGAGUGUUGGUACCAGUAGCUGCCUGUCCCUGUCCCAACACCCAAGCCCUACAUCCGUGUUCAGACAUCAUUACAUCCCCUACUUCCGAGGCAGUGAAAGUGGCCGGAGCACCCCCAGCCUCUCCGUGCUCUCUGACAGCAAGCCGCCCCCCUCCACCUACCAGCAGGCUCCUCGCCACUUCCAUGUCCCAGACACUGGCGUAAAAGACAACAUCUAUAGGAAACCCCCCAUCUACAAACAGCACGGUCCUGUAGCCCAAUCCCCAAUUUCCAAGCUCUCGGGCCUGAUGUCAGUCUUGUCUCUGGUGGUGCACAAGGCAGGGUGCUCCGGAAGGCUAGAAGGUCCGAGCCCCCCACAGGCUGCAGCCGCCAGGCGAUCAGACGGGGAGGAUGGAAGUUUCGACCCAGAUAACAGGAAGCAGAAGACCAGCUGGCUGAUUCUGAAGGGGGACGCAGACACUAGGACUAACUCUCCAGACCUGGACAGCCAGUCUUUGUCCCACAGUAGCGGCACCGACAGAGACCCUCUCCAAUCAAUGCAAGGGGACAACUUUUACUCACGUGAGUGGUUCUUUUGAGCAAGGUGCUGUAAAUGUGGCAAAAAAAAGCCACAAAACAACGGGGCCCCACAACUUUGAGCCAAUCCCCUGAGACCUAAGCCUUGCCCGUUAAAGAACAUCCAAGAUCAAGGCAGGAGGGGGC